ACAGAUUACGCCAGUGCUUCAAGCAAAACAAAUGCGAUGGGAAGCGGCAAGAAGUGUACUGUGAAAAACUGCCCAAAUGGACGGCGCAAUGAAGGCGAUCCUAAUGUGUCAAUCCAUGUGAUGCCCCAGAACGCCAGUGAGGAGAUGCAGAAGAAGUGGAGGGACUUCUGCAAGACUUCAUUUAAGACUGUUAUCGUUUGCGGAAACCACUUCAGAAAGGAGGACUUUGCGACGUCUGAGGAAUACGUCAAUAUGUUUAGCGGCAAACGAUUCCUAAAGAAAGGAGUUUAUCCAACAAUCGAAGUGCCUGAGAAUCGCCAGAGUCCGGACACCACAGAAGCUGACAAUAUAUCAAACAAUCAGGAAGAUGCGGGCGAUGAUAAAGAGUCUAGCGACAGUGCGGAGGAUGGCAGGAAUCACGAGGAUCACAGCUACAUUAAAGUGAAGGCAACUCAGAUCACUCUACCCAACGACAGGUUCAUGUUUGAGGAGCAUAUCAAUUUCGUUGCUGUGCAAAACACCGAUAAAGAAGAAAACUUCCUAACAGACGCAUCAAGUCCAGAAUAUCUUGAGUAUGAUUCGCAGUCUUCGUCAUCUUUCAUACCUGAACAAAGUCAGAGAACGAAGAGAAAAAGACUCCGUAGCACUGAGAAUCACUGUAAAGAGUCAGACUCAGAUGAAAACCAAGUCAAUCCAGUGCAGUAUUCUCUCAAUUAUGGGAGUGUUGUAGACAGCAAAGACUUGAAAAUUCUGGAAUUAGAAAGGACAAUCGCGAAGAUGAAGAAGCGUAAUGAUGCUGAAUUGGAGAGGAUAAUUUUCAACUCGAUGAAGAAACGCCUUUCUGGAGUUUUCACUGAGAAUCAAUUGAAUUAUGCUCUCAAGCGGAAGAAAAAAAUUAAAUGGAACCGAAAAGAGCUGGCCAAGGCUUUCGUUCUGCGCUCCUUUGGGAAUAGAGCCUACAACUACGUGAAAACGAUUCUGAAUUAUCCUCUGCCAUCAACGCGAUGCCUGACUCGUUGGGCCAAAACAAUCAACAUUGAAGAUGAGAAUAGCGACUCCAGAGCCGCAGCUGUUAUGGAAAUCCUGAAUCGUAAGAACAAGCUGACUGCGAGCUAAGAGAGCUGAGUGUCUAGAGAAGGCAUUAAUAAAAGCAAAAAUGAU